AUGAAACUUUCCAUUGCCGCUGGUUUUCUAUUGUUUGCCACCAGUUCGAUGGCUGCUGCUGUGCCAUUCCACUUUUCGGAUGAUAACGAUGGUGGUUACGCGGCCCCUCUUUAUGUAUCAAGCGAAAGCGAAUCAGUGACAGACCAAUACAUUGUGGUGCUCAAGAACCAUAUCCAACCACAAAGAGUCCAAGAGCACACCGGCUGGGUACAAUCCAUGACGGCAUCAAGAGGCCAAAGCUUGCUAGAAUCUUGGUUGCAUCCUGAUUCCAUUGGUAUUCGUCAUGUUUAUGACAUGCCCAACCUUAAGGGUUACGCUGGCACUUUUGGCCAAGAUGUGCUUGAAAUGAUUCGACGAUCCGAAGAUGUUGCCUUUGUUGAAAAGAACUCCAUGGUCUACACCAGCGAGUUGCAACGUAAUGCACCUUGGGGUCUCGCACGUAUUUCACACCGUGAACGACUUUCCCUCUCGGACUUUAACAAGUAUAGCUAUGACGCCGAUGCUGCCGGAAGAGAUGUCAAGGUGUACGUCAUUGAUACCGGUAUCAAUGUGGACCAUGUUGACUUUGAAGGCCGUGCUAAAUGGGGAGAAACCGUACCCAGUGGUGAUGAAGAUGAAGAUGGCAAUGGUCAUGGUUCACACUGUGCAGGCACCAUUGCUGGCAAAAAGUAUGGCGUAGCAAAGAAAGCAUCUCCUGUGGCCGUCAAGGUGCUGCGCUCCAAUGGCUCUGGUACCAUGGCUGAUGUUGUACGUGGCGUUGAUUGGGCCACUGAACAACAUACCAAGGACUCCAUUCAAGCUAAAAAGACUGGCAAGACUUACAAGGGAUCCGUUGCCAACAUGAGUUUGGGUGGUGGUAAAUCGCCAUCAUUGGAUUUGGCCGUCAAUGGGGCUGUUGACGCAGGGAUGGUGUUUGCUGUUGCAGCAGGAAAUGACAACCGUGAUGCUUGUGAUUAUUCACCAGCCGCUGCUGAAAAUGCUAUCACUGUGGGUGCAUCCACUCUCUAUGAUACGCGUGCUUACUUUUCAAAUUACGGCAAAUGCGUUGAUGUCUUUGCUCCUGGUCUCAACAUCCAAUCCGUAUGGAAGGGUAGCAAGUAUGCCACCAAUACCAUUUCCGGCACUUCGAUGGCAUCACCCCAUGUCGCUGGUUUGGCCGCCUACUUUUUGAGUAUGACUGAGAAUGGCGCCAGCCCCAAGGAAAUCAAAGAUAAGAUUCUUGAAAUGGCUUCAAAGGAUAAGCUUAGCACUGUUCCCAGUGACACUCCCAAUCUCCUCAUCUACAAUGGUGGCGAGUAA